AUGUCCACGUUCGACGGCUUAAAAAAAUUGAAGAAAUUACGAAAAAAAGUCAAUUGGAAGAUCGAAGAGGAGCGACACGAAUUCAUCCUUCGACUCGAAAGCUUGUUCAGCGAUUGCACGGGUCAACUUCCCAAUAUCCAAGACAUUCUUCAACCCAAAAAGAUCGACUGUCUUCUCUCGGACUCUCUAACGAGCCGGCGCGGAUAUUCGUUCAUCAAGCUCGUGGCUCGCAGCGGCUACAAGGACGAUUUCGUAGUGCGAUACGAAGACGGCGAGCCGCUGUUGCGUCGCACCACACCGCUACAUCGCGCGGCCAGAUGCAGAUAUCUCAUCGAGCACGACGUGGUCAGCGAUCUUUUCAAAAUUUACAACAGAUCCGAUGUCAAUUACGCCGACGAAUUCGGAUUGACGCACUUACACGUGGCCUGCAUGUUUUACUGCGGCGACGUCAUCAAGAAUUUCCUCGACUACGGGCAGUUUCCCAAUUGCAUCGAGCAAGAAACAGGCGAUUCGCCACUGCACUUGGUUCUGAAGGAUAAAAACAGGGAUAUGGUCGAGUUGCUGCUGAAAAGUGGCGCCGAUCCCAAUCUAGUCAACAAGAAUGGAUCGAACGCUCUGCACACCAUUUGCCAGGGCGACAGCUAUGACGAUACUGCCUUGAUGACGAUGAUUUUCGAGCUCGGCGGCAGCGAGUGCCAUCCGGUGCAAGUCGAUGCCCAGGACAAUUCGGGUAACACACCGUUGAAUUUGGCUCUGCUCCACGGCAAAAAGAAUCUGGCCAUAUUGCUGCUGAAAAAGGGCGCGAAUACGACUUUAACCAACCAGGAAGGAUUGAAUUCUCUACACAUUGUUUGCAGAAAGUACUGCAGUGCUGACUUGGUGGCAAAGUUAUACAGACACAGCGAUAAAAAAUAUCGUCCGGUUCGAAUAUCUACUAAGAAUAAGAAAGCGCGGAAAAAAAAAUUAUUAAAAUGA